GGUGGUGAGAGGGUGUUAGUUUUAUUAAGGAAAUAAGAAGAAAUGAGGAUGGAGCGUGGAGAGAGAGAGAAAGGAGGGUUUUUUUAAUUUUGUUUUUGUUUUGGUACGGUUUAGGUGCAUGCAGAAACCGAUAGAUGCGGCAAUUAUGACAGUGGAGGAGUAGCUUUACUAAUUUGUCCGCAAUGGUGCGAAUGUUGGAAGCAUGGGAAGCAGGUGCGGCCUCAACAACAAGCCAUGGGCGGGAAUGGCGGCACGGAAGCAGCAGCAUUACCUACAGCCGUUGAGUGAAAGAGAUCAGUCAUCUGGGCCUUUGCUGCUGCAGCUUUUAUAUCUCUCUCCUUGUGUUUUUCACUUCUCUUGUUUCGGAAAAGUGUAAAGAAAAAGUAGUCUUGCUUCGACAGCUGAUGAUGGAUAUGACAGGAACAGUAGCUGCUGCUGUUGCUGGUGGUGGUGUGAGAGGGAGAGAAGGAGAAGAAGGCGUUCUGGGUUUGGGUCUUAUGGUACCACAGAAGCUGGCACGUACCGAAACGUUCCCGUUUCGGCUCACACACCCAUUCCCGUCCAACAGCAUCGGACCCACUUUUUAUAACGGCAGCGAUGCCAGGUUGAGCGAUUUAUACGAUGUUGGUGGGAGUGCAGCUGCUGCUGCAGGAGGGGCAAGGAGUCUGCAGCCUUUUUCCUCGCAAUCCCCAGGUGUAGGAGGGAUGGCUACAUCUCUGCGAUUUCCUUUUACAUGGGCGCAGUGGCAGGAGCUGGAGCGGCAGGCUUUGAUCUACAAGUACAUGAUGGCUUCGGUGCCUGUUCCUACUCACCUUCUCUUCCCCAUUAACUGCAGAACCAGCUUCUCUGAUGCUGCUACCCACCCAAGCUUGGUCGGAAAAGGUUCUUGUUUCAAUCUACGGUUCUCGAACAGCACGGAUCCGGAGCCGGGCAGAUGCCGAAGGACCGAUGGGAAGAAAUGGCGGUGCUCGAGAGACGUUGCGCCAGACCAGAAGUACUGUGAGCGUCACAUGCACAGAGGCCGCCCUCGUUCAAGAAAGCCUGUGGAAGUACAAACCCAGAACAAUACUCGCCCCUCCGUUGCUGCGGCUACCGCGAAUACAGCAGCGAGUGCUGCAACACAUCUCUCUUCUAAUCUGACUACAUCAACGACGACAACACCAGUAGCAUCUUCUCACCUCGGAACUAAAGCUUAUCAUCAACCAUCUGGGUUCUUUGUUAAACCUGAAAUCAAGCUCCCUUUCCAGACCAUGGUUUCUACUGCUGUAGCAGAUAAAGUACCCAGGUUCUUAGAUGAAAUAGAUUCCGACCAGCAAUGGAUGCAUACAAAGGUGGGAAUGAAGACAGAUUGCAAUGUUAGCACCAACAGCGCUGUUUUGCAGCCCUUUGAUGACCAUCUGAACUUGAAUUUCACUGAUUUCAGUAGUGGUGGAUCGGAGGUGCAGCAUAAUGAUCAGCGCUGUCUCUAUCUCAACACCGAUCUUUCGUCAUUGGAUGAUACGGGUCCGGACCGAAAGCAACCUCCAAGGCGGUUCAUCGAUGCUUGGUCAGUCUCAGAGGGAGCAGACCUCAGCAACAACGACAAUGAAAAAUCUCCAGUUUCCUCCGGUGGAAAGCUCUCGAUUUCUUCUCUUACAUUGUCAAUGUCCGGUGGCAACGGAACCGCUGCGGAAGACAUGGAUCAAAUCCAGAUGGGCCUCAGCAUCAGCGAGUCGGAACGUGAUCAUGGUUGUGUAAAAUCCCAGCCACUCAGCUGGAUGAACUCUGUUCCUUGGCUAUCGCCACCAUCGCUCGGUGGGCCAUUGGGUGAGGUCUUGCAGUCAAGCACAGCAGCAGCUUCUUCUCCCCAUGGCUGCUGCAGCAGCAGCAAGAGCUCCUGCGGCGGGCUAAAUCUGAUGAAUGACGGUUGGGGCGAGGCAGCAAGCCCUCAUGAAAGACCACUGAGGCCAGAUUCAUCUCCAACUGGAGUCCUCCAAAAAACUCUCGCUUCGCUUUCGGACAGUAGCAGUAGCAGCAGUCCUACGUUCGCGGCGACCAAGUCAGAGAUAGCUCUUCAGUGGCUAAGCCAGAGCAAAAUGGCUUCUUCUUAAGAAGAACAGCACUCGAUCCCACUUCAAUGACAGCUCUCUCUCUCUCUCUCUCUCUCUCUCUCUCCCUCUCUCUCUGCUUCUGCUUGAUGUUUGCUCUUGAAUUUUCUAAGUUUAACAAGCCCUAUGUAAUGCAAAUGAAGAUUCUCUCUUUUUCCUGGUU